GUUCCGAAAUUCUUUUCCCUCAGGUUCUCUUCAGUUCAGUUUAGUUCAGUUCUCUGAAAGGUGGGGACAAGUCGUGAAAAUGCUGCGGCUCAGCCUUUAGAUUUUUUUGUACUUACUUUUUUUUUUCUUCUUUGUAUACGUGUAUGUCGAGCUUGAGUAUUUUCAAGUCAUUCUUGUUUUCAGCAUCACCUGCUAUAGUCAAACAAUUUAAAUCGGUAAUAUGGCUGCUGCUCCCACCAAUAAUAAUAACCAGGUGGAAGAUUCAGAGGAUGACUUGAGAAAGCUGGAUAGUUGGUUGAUUCAGAUUGAAUCGGGAAGAAAACCUCCUGUUGCAAAGUUUAGAGCAAGUGUGUUGUCAGGUACACCACCAUUCCAGGUUGGUAAAGCCUUGAACCUUACUUUCCGUACCUCUCAAAGUGACGGUUGGUUGGUCAAUGCUUUAUUGUCCUCACACGGUCUGACAGAGGUAUCAGCUACCAAUAAUGACUUCAACCUACUUUGGACUGGUUCCCACCCUAGGCCACACACAUUCUCUUCACUACGAUCUUACCAGAGAGUAAACCACUUUCCUAGGUCAUAUGAGUUGACUAGAAAGGACAGAUUAUAUAAAAAUGUUGCAAGGCUUCAGCACUGCCAUGGGUCCAAGCACUUUGAUUUCCUUCCACCCAGCUUUAUCAUGCCAAAUGAAUACAGGGAUUUCUGGUCAGCUCACCAUAGAUUACAUGGCCCAUGGAUAGUCAAACCAGUAGCUUCGUCAAGGGGACGUGGAAUCUAUUUAGUUAGCAAACCUGAAGAAGUCCCAAUGGAGGAGCCUGUGCUCGUAUCCAAGUAUAUUGCCAAUCCUUUAUUAGUCGAUGGCCAUAAGUGCGAUUUGCGUCUCUACGUUGCUGUUACGUCUUACGAUCCACUUGUUAUUUACCUCUAUCGUCAUGGUAUUGUUCGUUUCGCCGCAGUAAAGUACACGGCUGAUCAAAGCAGUUUGGAUAAUCCCUGCAUCCACCUGUGUAACUACAGUAUCAACAAAUAUCAUGCUGAUUUCGUAGUUUCCGAAGAUCCAAGUGUGGAAGAUGUUGGUCACAAAAGGUCCUUGACGGGAUUCCUCAAAUAUCUUAGAUCCCAGGGCAAGGAUGUGAAUCGUCUAAUGCGUCGUAUUGAAGACGUAUGCAUCAAAGCCAUCAUGGCAGCUACUCCUCCAGUUGUUGCGGCUUGCAAGAUGUUCGUGCCAAAUCGAAACAACUGUUUCGAGUUGUACGGAUUUGAUAUUCUUGUCGAUUCGGAUCUGAAGCCGUGGCUUUUGGAAGUGAAUUUGUCACCUUCGUUGGGUUGUGAUUCGCCAUUGGAUCUUCGCGUGAAAUCGGCCAUGCUGUCGGACUUGCUGACGCUUGUGGGAAUUCCUGCUGUGGACCCUGCAACAACGCAGACGACGCCUGGUUCAUCAGUAGCCGCUCAAAGGCAAGGACGGGCUAAAACUGCGCCUACAUCUACCGAGCGUAAUCAAUAUCGAAGGGCUCAAUCGGCGGAUACCGGCCCACGGUCACGCCUGCAGCAGACUCGCACCGUCAAGUUGACGAGUAGCGCCUCGACGAUCACUGCCGAGGAGUCACGCAUUCUAACUCAGUUGCGUGAUGAUUAUGAGCGGCGCGGGGACUUCAACCGCAUUUUUCCAACCGAGGACUCGUGGCCGAUUUAUGGAGAUUUCAUUGAAACACUUUGCUCAUCACCAGCUCUUGCCUCACCUGGAGUUAGUUUUAAUCGCAUGGUUCACGAUCGACUGUUUCCAUUGAUAAGCAACAACCGCACCAACUCGACGACAGUGGCUUCGGUCGCAGCGGCAGCAGUUGCUGCGGCUUCCACGAAUGGAUCUUGCGAUUCUACCGCAAAUUUGGCUACCUUGACUUCGGCUGCCAAGCUUCCUCCGAGAAUACCGAAAAAAUUACUUCGACCGGCCAACAGAUCCUUAAACCAACCCACCGGGACUUCUGUUCGCUUCAACUCCUUGAAUUGGGCACACCCCAAUUGGCGUUCGCUGAAUGAAGAGUCCGAAGGCGAGAGUAGCACUUCGUUUUAUGAAGAUGCUGUUCUCCAACCUCUUACAAUAGAUAACCGUCGACCAGGAAUGAUUAAAGGUAUUAAAAAAGCUCCAACGGUCGAAGAUUCACCUACGAGGAUCAAAAAAGAAAUUCACGAGCAACUGGCAAACCAAUAUAUUCUGAGCCAAGAACAAAGUCGAAGAGGUUUUUCACGAUAUUUACGCUUUGUUCAGCAACGGUUACCUGGUCUUGAAAAUUCUACCGAUUGCGUUAACCAGCUGGAUCUGAUUGAACGCUUUUUGCAACGGCUUGGCUCAGCCGGGCGUCUCCGUUCUGCAUCUCCGUCCCCUAAGAGUCAAAUGAAAAAAUUGACCGGUAGUGAUCGAGUUGCCAGCCUGGCCAGUAAAUUGGGUGAAUUUCUUGAUCGCUACGAGCAGUCAAGUAGCCAUCACCACGGCGAUUGUGAAGGCGACCUCAAGGAGCUCAAAGUGAUGCCUUCACCCAUUUUCGACGAUUUUCUGGAAUUUGCCAGUGAAAAAGAGAUUGAGGAAGUAUUGUGUCAGCAUUCCAAAAAUGCACCCUGCUCGCACUUUCUGUCGGGACGUUGUUAUCCUCGCUCCAAUCGCUCAACUAGCGACGCUGUUCGCAAUGCUAAUUUAGGAUUGCUUCGUGAAGCGUGUUGUUUGACUUCGUCGUCAUCGUCUGGCAAUUCCACGACAUUGGGCAGUCGAGUGAACAGCAGUCGAGUCAACAGUCAAAAAACGAAAGAGGAGAAAGUGGAUUUGUCCGGUCGAAAUGUCGUUGUUAGCUUUGAUUUACGCUGCGCAAAUAACCGUCGACAACAACUCACUCCUGCCAAUAACGUUCUCAGGCCUCACUCUCGAGCAAGCAUACUCAAAAGAGAAAAAUCUAUGUAACAAUCUGAUCCCCCCGUUUUAUAAGGCUCCAUUUCAAUUGCUGCUUGAGUCCAAAUUUUAGUAGCGUCAGUUUUAGUCUUGCGUGUGUUUUCCGUUUCAGAGUAUUGCGUUAUAGGUCGUAAAAUCAUCACUUUUUUCUGUUCCAAAGAGGCAACUACCGGUGUCGCCACAUAUUUUGAAAUAAGAAAUUAGUCCUGAAAAGUUACUUAAUUCAUGUUAUCAGAGCUUAAUGGAAAUUUCUCAACAACGAUAUUUAUUAGAAUGUGAAAUUACUCAACUUAUCGCUUAUUCGGUGUCACCUUUUUCGUUUUCAAAAACAAUUCUUUUUUUAAAAUGAACUGUGAAGUGUGAACAUGCAAAAAAAUUUAGAGCGCGUAGUCAUUUGCUAAUUGCUCGUACAUUAUCCUGUCCAGUUGCUUAAUUCUAGUAUUAGCCAAGUGAGUGCAAUACGUGGGCGCUCACGCCAAUAAUGUGUUCAAUUCAUUAACCGUAUUUCGUGCCUGCUUAAUCAUGUGUAUGUGUCAACAGUCCUACUAUAAAAUGCUGUUGUGCAUUUCCUCUUGUUAGGCCCGAGUUUGUCUCGUUUUAUGUAAUCGGCGUUUACCCCUCCCCCCACCUUUAUAUUGUGUACUAUUAUUUUUGUUUAUUACCCAAAAUGUAUUCCCCUCCUUUUUAUAUACAGCCUUUUAGUGAGUGCAAUAAUACAACGAACAUGAUGGGCAGUAAA